AUGGAGGAGCCACAGGAACCAAAAGAUGCCUACGAACCUGAGCAUGGCCCUUAUCAGCCACACGAACCGGGUUAUGGUCUUGAUCAGCCAGAAUUCAGUCCAUAUGAGGAUGAGAUACCCGAUCCCCAAGCCCGGAUGCUGGCAAUCCAGAAUGCAAAAGCUUAUUUGCUGAARACCAGCACAAAAUCUGGCUUAAACUUAUAUGAUCAUCUUGCUAGUGUAAUAACAAAGAUCCUAGAUGAACAGCCCGAAAAUACAGCAGACAUAAUUGAGAAUAUCAGCAAGGAUGUGAAGUGGGCUCAGUUUCGGAAGAAAAUGGACACUCUUCGAGACGAACAUCUGAUUCUUCCAACAUAUGAAGCUGCAGAAAAGUGUAAAGCUUUGUUUGUCAAGGACAACGGAGAAGAAGAGCAUGAAGAAGUMGAUGAAGAGAUGGGACCGCCUCCUCUACCAAAUGUGAUGGAAACAGCCUUUUAUUUUGAACAGGCUGGAAUUGGCCUGAACAAAGAUGAAUCCUAUUGCAUAUUCCUUUCUCUUAAAAACCUAGUUAAUGUUCAGCCAAUCCUGACCUGUCGUUUCUGGGGCAAAAUUUUGGGCCUGGAAAUGAACUAUAUUAUAGCUGAAACACAGGUACGUGAAGUGGAGGAUCAAGAGGGGGGGGAAGCAGGACAUGAAAGAGAAGAAAUUUAUGAAGAAGGAGAGAGAGAGAUGGAUGAAGGUGAAGAAGAAGGUGAGGAGAAAGAAAAACGAGAUGAACCACCAAAGUCCACCUACAAACCCCCACCUGAGAUCCCAAGAGAAGAAAAUGGGGCUGGGACUAAUAAAUAUGUCUACUUUGUCUGCAAUGAGCCAGGCAAACCCUGGGUAAAGUUGCCUCCAGUGACACCAGCUCAGAUUGUCUGUGCCAGGAAAAUCAAGAAGUUCUUCACUGGUCGUCUGGAUGCUCCUGUUGUGAGCUUUCCUCCUUUUCCAGGAAAUGAGGCCAAUUACCUGCGUGCRCAGAUAGCUCGGAUCUCAGCAGGAACCCAUGUCUCUCCCACUGGAUUUUACCAGUUUGCAAAUGAGGAUGAAGAAGAAGAAGAAGGAGAUGCAUAUGAAGAAAACCCUGAUUUUGAGCCUCCUCCUGUGGCUGAGAUGCUGGAGUCUCUCGCCGCGUGGGCACACCAUGUAAAGAUCAUUUUAAAGCAGGGUCGUUGUGUUUGGAUUAAUCCUCAAAAAUUAGACGAAAAUGCAGAAGAAGAAGAGGAAGAGGAGGAAGAGAAAGAUGAGGAGGGAGAAGGGCAUCAGGAAGAAACAGGACCACCACUGCUUACUCUAAUCUCUGAAGAUGCAGGAAUAAGAAACAUCCCUGCUUGGACAGCUCAGGCUUCUACAAACCUGAUCCCAGAAUAYUGUAUUGCAAUCCUGCAGUCUAACCGAUGGCCUGGAGCUUAUGCCUUUGCAUCUGGCAGGAAAUUUGACAACAUCUACUUUGGCUGGGGUCACAAAUACAGUCCAGAAAACCACUCUCCUGCGCUGCCCCCGCCAGCGCAAGCAGAAUACCCCAUCGGGUCAGAAAUCACUGAGACAGUAGACCCCACUGUGGAAGAGGAAAUGGCUUUCAAAGCUGCACAGGAAGAAGCUUUAGCUGGAGAUGAUGAAGAGGAAGGUGAAGAGGAURAAGGGGAUGAUGAAUAA